AUGGUUUAUAAAAACUCAGGCGUAUCCCUAUUUCUUCUGAUCUGGACGCUGGUCAUAGUUGGAGCGAAUGGAUACUUCGUAGGCAUUACUUAUGUGGAUAAUGCUGUAGCAAAGGGAGCUGUUUGCUUAGAUGGGAGCCCACCAGCAUAUCACAUGGCUCCAGGAUUUGGAUCUGGGGUUAACAAUUGGCUGAUUUUGUUGGAGGGAGGAGCAUGGUGUAACAAUGCAACAACUUGUCUAGCCCGCAAGAACACUCGUCUAGGCUCUUCUAAAGAAAUGGUGAAGCAGCUUUCAUUCUCUGGAUUUCUGAGCGACAAGGAAAAGUUUAACCCAGAUUUCUUUAACUGGAACAAGGUCAAGGUUCGAUAUUGUGAUGGAUCAUCAUUCACUGGAGACGUGGAGGCAGUAGAUCCAGCAACCAACCUUUACUACAGAGGACAAAGAAUUUUUAAUGCUGUUGUAGAUGACCUGCUAGAGAAAGGGAUGAAAAAUGCCCAAAAUGCUCUUCUUUCGGGUUGUUCGGCUGGUGGUUUAUCUGUCAUUCUCCAUUGCGAUAAGUUCCGUGAACUCCUACCUCAGAGUACCAAAGUAAAAUGCAUGGCUGAUGCUGGAUUUUUUAUUAAUGCGAAGACAAUUGCUGGGACAGAAUACAUAAAGGAAUUCUUUAGUGAUGUGGUGACAACCCAUCAAUCAGCGAAGAACUUGCCUGCAUCCUGCACUUCCAAAGGCGAUYCAACUUUGGUAAGUAUAUACUUAAUUAUAAUUGUUCUUACUGCACUUGUUCAUUUUUAUUAAUUAGUAUGUCUUAUUUUCCCAACUUUAUAUUCACUAGCUACAUCGAGUUUCAAUUUUUCUAAUACAUCUGAACAAAACUACAGUGCUUUUUUCCCCAA